AUAUAUUUUUAAUAUUUCUUUUUUGUACGUUAAACAUCGAGUACGUUUUCAUACACGCGAUUACUGGCAAAAAUAUAAAAUAUGGCUAAAAUGAUUUAGAAGUGUACUUGUAACAGUUACUGCAACAUCUCGAUUUGCGCUAAAAUCUUUUAUGUAAAGAACAUUCAUUUGUGAUAUUCACCCAUUUCAGAAACCAGGUUGAUGCAAUCGUUCAGUAUUGAUCUACACUGACCAAGAAUCUAAGGGUCUUAAUCCAUUUUGAAAUAAAAAAUCGCCAAUCAUCGUCAACUCCUAAAGACUACAUUACCCAGCAUCCGUCGCAGUCUCCUGCUGACCGGAGGAGGAAAGCACAUGGAUUUAUUUACAAAACCUCAAAAAGAAUCGUUUUCGGCUCUACAAAGCAACGUUAUAUGCUAAUGUAGGACGUUUAAUGUCUGUUUAGCCUGCGGAGGAGCUCGUAUUCAGCUUUAGACGGCGGUGGGAAGGCGUCUAGCUCUCAUUAAUCGUGUUUUUGUCCGUGUUUUGAGAGGUAACUAGGCGCAGCAGGGAGCAGAUGGAAGGCGACAGAUGGGCUUUAACACGCCCGAGAAAGUAGGACACGCCCGGCUGGAUUAAUCCCAGGAUGGCCGAUGGCACCGUGGAGCACUGAACUCAACUCCAUCCAGUCUCCUCACCCUGGUUCCAUUCUGCUGUGCUACUGACUUUACUCAGGAGGUGCAUUUCACAGAGCAGGAUCUCCCAGCCAGCCAGAGAAGUUCAUCCAGAAGUCAGAAGUAUCCAACAGGAGGAGAGGUAUGGUGGAUAACCGUUACGCCACAGCUCUGGUGAUAGCGUGUGUGCUGAGUGCUCUGGCCACAGUGUAUCUGUCAGUGGCGGUGGGCACUCAGCACUGGUACCAGUACAGCAGCCCCCCGGUGUAUGGAGAGCACAACGCCUCUGAGCUGCGCUCACUGCGCGAUGAGUUCACAGAAGGAGAGUUCGAUGAGAAAACGUACAGCGACUCGCUCUUCCGCCUCAAUGGCACGGUGGGCCUGUGGUGGAGGUGCCUGCAGGUGCCCACCACCACGCACUGGUACAAAGAGCCCGAUCCUAAGAUGGUGAUGGAGUGUGUGAGCUUCACUCUGUCUCAGCAGUUCACACCCAAGUACAAGGAACCAGGCAACCACAACAGUGGAGAGGACAUGAUACGAACCUAUCUAUGGAGGUGUCAGUUCCUCCUGCCGCUUGUUGCUUUAGGGUUGGUGGUGCUGGGAGGGCUGGUGGGUUUCUGUGCAUGUGUAUGUCGCAAUCUCAGCCCCACCCUCGGCAUUGGACUGCUCCACCUCCUUGCAGGUCUGUGUUCGCUGGCCACUGUUUGUUGUUUCCUGGCAGGGAUGGACCUACUGCACCGUGUCUCGGUGGUGCCUGACCGUGUGGACGCCACUCUGGGCUGGUCACUCUACCUGGCCCUCAUCUCUUCUCCACUACACAUGAUGGCUGCUGCCCUGCUGGUGUGGGCUGCACGAAGCCACAGCAAGAGUUACUACCGUAUGACUGCUUAUCGGGUGGCCUAGAGCCUGUCCGUUAACCACUCACAGAGCCGGAAAUCCAGGCUUAUUGUGCAUAGGGUUUGUGAAUCAAUAAAAGAGCUCUGUUUACAUAUUUCAGUUAGGGCUGCAACUAAUAAUUGGUUUUAUUGUUGGAUUAGUCUGUUGGCUGUUAUUUGAUUAACUAUUCUGCCUUCUGGUCCUCUGUCUUUUCAAGCCCUCUACAUUUCCUGUAGUGUAUAACAGUCUCUCAGAGUGACUUUGUGGAUCAGAUAAACUUUAUAGAGCAUUACAGAACAUUGUUUAAAUCAAACAGUAGAAGCCAUGUUGCCCCCUACACUUCCUGUAGUGUAUUACAAUCUGUCAAGGCUCAUAUGAACAGUAUACAUUUUUUGGCAUGUCAGCCUUUUCCAUAAUCAACUACUAAUGAAAUUGAACAGCUUCAUGUUGCAGCCCUAAUUUCAGAAUAAUCCUGGAUUUCCUCUGUCUUACUUUGGAGCUCUAAUCUGCAGUUGUAGGGCCCGAAGGUUUUCGCUCCAGUGCUAAUGGCUGGGUUUUCUGUACACUGACACUAAAUCAGCAGCCAAAAUGUGCUCAGAGGCUAAAUCUGCUAGCUGCUGUGAGAGUUAUUGUCUCCUAGCUGCUUUCUGUGUGUGUAUUGAUGGAGCAGCAGAAAGUCAUUGAUUCAGUCAGUCAGUAACAUUAUAACACUACCUAUCAACUCCAGAACCUGAUGUUUGGACACUUUCAUUGCACAGACCUGCUGCUGCUGCCCAUUGUAUUGAACUUGGGCCUUAUUGCUUUAACUGCAUGGCUUCAUUGCUGUACUGUAGUUUCACUCCCUUUAUGAUUCUAUGUUGUUGUGUUUUUUUUUAUUUCUGCAUAAUUAAACAGUAGAAUAUAAACACUCAUUCAGGGUGGUUUGGUGUGAAAAGCUCUGUUCACAGAGAGACUUACUGAGUCAGAAUUGUUCACAG